CAGCCCUUAACCGUCCCCAUGGCAACAACAUCCAGUCGUCCUGACGUCACUGCUGCUGUCCAUUGUCCACAUAACAUAACAUGCUGCUAAAGGGAGUCCGGUCUCGUUCCUUGUAGUAAACACGAGCUACAGAUGGACCGCAGUUUAAAGCGCCGGCAGGUGAAGCCACUUGCUGCCUCGCUCUUAGAUGCCUUGGAUUAUGACAGCUCAGAUGACAGUGACUUCGAAGUGGGAGACGCCUCGGGAUCAGACGGCACAGGUAACGGCAGUGACGAGGAGGGGUCUAAAGCGAGCGCCGCGGGUUCAGGAAGUGACUCUGAAAACGCCGGUUCUGCAGACGACGGUAUAGAUGAGGCGGAGGCCAAAGACCUGGCUGCUGAGGACAACUUAACGGAAGACGAUGAGAAGACCAAACAGCAGCCUUCCUCAGACAGCUCCACCAAAGACACCCCCGCUGUCACACCACCCAAAAACCGACGCAAGAGCAAGAAGACGACGCCAGAGCCUGAACCCGCUGCACCUGCUGCACCUGCCGGCACUGAAUCUACCUCAACGUCGGGGCCCUGCAGCGUGAACGCGGAAGAGUCUCAGACCGAGCCCAAGAAAUGGAACUUCCGCAGGAACCGACCGCUGCUGGACUUCACCACCAUGGAGGAGCUGAACGAGAUGGACGACUACGACAGCGAGGAUGACAACGACUGGAGACCCACAGCGGGGAAGAAGAAAAGCAAAGCAGCCGCUCAGAAAGGAGGGACGGAGGAAGGAGACGGUGGCAGCGCUAGCGACGACGACGACGAUAACGAUGAUGACGACGACGACGAUGAUGAUGACGACGAUGACGACGACGACGAUGAUGACGACAAGGAAGAUGGCGGCGACGACAACAACAACAACAACAACAACAACAGUAGCAGCGAUAGCGACAAAGAGAUGAAGAAGCCCAAGAAGAAGACGAAGAGCACCAGUGCUUUUGACGAAGAGCUGACUAAUGACAGCAUGUCCCAGGGAAAGGGCAACGAGGAUGCCUUGCUGGACCGGUCCCAGACCUGGAGCACUCAGCACAUCCUCAUCUGCUGCGUCUGUCUGGGAGACAACAGCGAGGAUGCAGAUGAGAUUAUCCAGUGUGACAACUGUGGGGUGACUGUGCACGAAGGAUGUUAUGGCGUGGACGGCGAGAGCGACUCGAUCAUGAGCUCCGCUUCAGAGAACUCAACAGAGCCUUGGUUCUGCGACGCCUGUAAGAACGGAGUAUCUCCCAGCUGUGAGCUGUGCCCCAACCAGGAUGGCAUCUUCAAAGAGACAGAUGCCGGGAGAUGGGUGCAUGUGGUUUGUGCACUUUACGUUCCCGGAGUAGCAUUCGGAGACAUCGAUAAGCUACGACCAGUGACGCUCACAGAGAUGAAUUAUUCGAAAUACGGCGCCAAGGAGUGCAGUUUCUGUGAGGACGCCCGCUUUGCCAGGACCGGCGUGUGCAUCAGCUGUGACGCAGGAAUGUGUCGCUCCUAUUUCCACGUCACCUGCGCACAGAGGGAGGGUCUCCUGUCUGAGGCCGCAGCAGAGGAGGAUAUCGCCGAUCCGUUUUUCGCCUACUGCAAACAGCACGCGGACCGCUUCGACAGGAAGUGGAAGAGGAAGAACUACCUGGCCUUGCAGUCGUACUGUAAGGUCUCUCUGCAGGAGAGAGAGAAGCAGCUUACUCCCGAAGCUCAGGUAAGAUACGCCAGAAUCACUACCCGCCUGCAGCAGUACAGGGCAAAGGCGGAGCUGUCCCGGAACACUCGGCCUCAGGCGUGGGUGCCCCGGGAGAAGCUGCCCCGACCACUGACCUCUAGUGCCUCAGCCAUCCGGAAGCUGAUGAGGAAGGCGGAGCUGAUGGGCAUCAGCACCGAUAUUUUCCCCGUGGACACGUCUGAUGCCAACGCCAGCAUGGACGGACGUAGGAAACACAAGCAGCCCGCGCUCACAGCAGACUUCGUCAACUACUACCUGGAGCGGAACAUGCGAAUGAUCCAGAUCCAGGACAACAUCUCCGAGCAGAAGAACUUAAAAGACAAGCUGGAGAGCGAGCAGGAAAAACUGCACGUGGAGUACAACAAGCUCUGUGAAUCUCUGGAGGAGCUGCUGAAUGUGAAUGGAGAGCUGCGAAGUGAAGGCCAGGCCAUGUGGACUUUGCUGGGGGGCAUCCUGGGCCAGAAGCUAAACACCCCAGCUGUUCUGAAAGCCCCAAAAGAGAGGAAGCCCAGCAAGAAGGAGGGAGGAACCCCAGGGAAGUCAUCCAGCCUGCCAGCAAUCCUCUACAGCUGCGGAAUAUGCAAGAAGAACCAGGACCAACAUCUGCUCGUGCUGUGCGACACCUGCAAGCUCUACUACCACCUGGGCUGCCUGGAGCCACCACUAACACGCAUGCCCAAGAAGACCAAGAACAGCUACUGGCAAUGCUCAGAGUGUGACCAGGCCAGCAGCGAUGAGGCAGAUAUCGCCAUGGAGACGCUACCGGACGGCACCAAGCGGUCCAGGAGGCAGAUAAAGGGACCAAUCAAAUUCAUCCCACAGGAGAUGUCGCCAGAGCCCAAGAAACAUCAAGUGAGAAGCACGAGAACCAGAGGCCAGAAGAGGAAGAGAGUUCCCAUCUGUGAAGACAGAGACGAUAAAAUCGAGGAACCACUGCCAAGGGAACGCCGACAGCGCCAGUCUGCAAUGCAGAAAAAACCCAAAGCCGAUGACACGAGGACUGAGUGUACAACCUGUAAAGGGCCGGGCGACAACGAAAACCUUGUGAGGUUGUGAGAGCCGGGGCAGCCACCUCACCUCCCAUAAAAACUCGGGACAGAUGACCUGUUGGCUUAGAGACAGAGAGAGGCAAAUUGAGGCGUUUGAAGGAUGGCGCUCGAGUCAGGCCUGAAGAACGAGACCGCCACGCUGCCCCGCAACCACCUCUGAUCCAAACUGGACCAACAACUGUCCAACGAAAAUUGAGCGGGACUGUCUAAAUCUAAAUCAUGGAGCAUAAACGCCGAAGUGUUGUUGGAGCCAAAACCCUUUUGGUUAAUGUUGAACUGCUUUGACACUCUACGAGUCUUUUUUUGUUACCAAUUGUGGCUCCAGUUGCACCUAUGCAAUUGUCUGCAUCUACAGAGUUUUGACAACAUAAGAGCAAGUCAUGUGUUUAUACAAUUCAUGUAUUCAAUUCAUUUUGGCAAAUAACCACAACACCUAUCUUGCGCUAGCAUUAACAAAUCAGUAAAGAAGGACUAAAAGAGCUUACCAGCGAGCCAAUGGAUGGAUACAACUGUUCCAGAUUUCAUUUGUAAGACGUCGAGUCCUGGUAUCUUUAAAGAUCCCAUGAUAUUGUGUCAUGACUUUGUUGAUAUGAUGUAUUUUCUUUUAAACCGGAUGUUAGACAGUUAGAGGGUCCAUCAGACAGUCUUUUUUGAUGACAUUAUACCUGCUAUUGAAAGAUGAAGACCACUGAAGAUGCACUGCUUUCCAUGGAGAAUCAACUUUCUAGAUAGUUCAAGCUCAAGAUUUUCUUCUUUUUUUUUUCAAAUCUGGCUGUUGAGAGUAAGAAGUUCAUCCAAAGCUUAUGAGCUCGCACUUUCCUCUGUAAGAAAUGAGUGGAAGACUCUUGGAUUGUUGGUCGUGUUGCUCGCAGUGUGGACGCAACGCAAAGUGCUGUAAAAGAAUUGAUUUUUCUAUCUUCUGACUGACGGACUCUAUCCCGAAUAAUUCCUCUCUCUGCCUCUAGGUGAAUUCUUUUACAUUAAUAAGUUUUUCUUUUUUUAAUGGUACUAGACUGGUGCUCUGCACUUUUUGACCUCCCCAUACGACUUCUCAUCAGUACCAGUCAGUUUUACUGAUUGAAGUCAUCUGCCACCCAAUCACCCCGAGCGUUUCAGUGUGAAAUUCGGUUCAUUCCAGACGCACUUGAACGUAGGCUUUCCCAGAAUUGAGUGUCGUGUUGUGUUUUCUAAGUAAAUGGAGGACCAGAAUUAAGAAAAGUCAGUGUUGUGUAUAGAAAGACCAACUGUUUCUUGUGUAUCAAGUGUAGCAGUUAACAUAAAGCUACCAUAAAGCAUCUGUAGUAGAAACAAACUAGUGUAGUUAGCGGUAAUAGCACUUAAAUAUUAGUCAUAAUGUCUCUAGUGUCUUAAGGCGUUUAGAAGUCUUCCUCUGUCUCCAUAUCUUGGAAGUGACAGUUGAACUGACACGUCCUCAGAAAGAAGCCCAGCUUUGUCUCCGUGUCCCUGGUGGCCAUAGUCAGUGCUGUCAAAACAACAGCUGCUUGCUGCUCUUGUCAGGGCUCAUGACAAGUGUCACAUUCUGCCCUCAUAUGUCACUCCGUUUCCUGUCGAGGGUCUUAUAUGCAUGCUUUUGGGAGCAGUCAAACCCGCGCAGUUUUACCGCUUUUUUUUUUUUUGUCUCUCUGGACUGUGUCCAGAGCAACACCGCGUUUGGGUUUGUCUUUAGAGAUGAGAUCUCAGCGCAGAAUGACUUGCUGACUCCUGACCAGACCCCCCCCACCGUCAGUCUCAAAGACUGCGUGUCAGUUCUACAAUGCAUGGCUAUAUCUAUUUACUCAGAUCUGUACAGUAAUUUAAAGCUGAAAAUAAGUGAUGUGGUCUUGUAGAAUUUGAAUGCCAGGUAGCUAUGUAGUGUGACGAUGUGUACAGUAUUUAUUGAAGAGGCCAAACAUACAUGUCUUACUUUUUCGUGCCUACAUACUUGAUUAUAUAUCAUACGCUUGUGUUGUGAACAGAGAUUAACUCUCAUUUGUGACGUAGUCUUUAAGCGACUACCAUAUUUUCUUUUUAUUGCCAAACAUUUGUUUACAGACAUGCUUUGGAGGGAAUAUUUCUGAUUAAUUGUGUAUUGUAUAUUGUGUUACUGUGGUACUGUAUGAAGUAAGAAUGUGAAUGUUGCUGCUGUUGUGUAUUUGAAGUGUCUCAGCCUCUGGCCUAUAGCUCUUGAAAAUUAAGCGGAGCUUUAAUAAACUCUUGACUUUUUCACCUUA